AUGCCUUCAACUAAGAGAGAGCUCAAUGGCCUGAGACCCCCAACACUCAAUGUGAAUAAGACCUCAUGGGAGAUAAAGAAGCCCGCGGCGACCGACCGCCGCCCCCAGCUGCACUGCCAGCGCCGGCGCCAGCGCCAGUUCCAGCCGCUGCACCCUCCUCCGGUGGUCAUGUAUGUGCACACGCCCAAGAUCGUCCACGCCGCGCCGCACGAGUUCAGGGCGCUGGUGCAGCGACUUACGGGAAAUUCGCCGUCCUCCUCCGAUCCCUCCCCUCCUCCUGAGACCGGAGCGAGGCGAGGAGAUUGCGGUGCGGGUUGUGAUGGUAGCGAUCCUCUGAUACUUACGCUGGGUCAGCGUUCGGGUGCGGGAGAUGCGGUUCCGUCGCCGGUUUCGCCGGGGCUCUUCUCGUGCUCUCCAAACACAGUUCAAACGUUUCAGGGGUUUAGUUCUUUGUUAUAG